GCCGACAUGAAAAUCCUAUUUUGUUUUAUUUUAUUCCUUAUCGGAGGCCAUUGCGCCAAUAUCCUGAUAGUAUACGAAACUGCUCGUCGAAGCCAUCAAAUAUGGAUUGGAGAAUUAGCUGAGGCUUUAAUCGAAAAAGGACAUAAUGUUACUAUGGGUGGAUCAUUUUCUAGAGCAAUCGAUCCUAGUAAUCAAUAUCACCCUAUCACAUUUGAAGGUAUAUUCCUAACUCAUUACAAAAUCAACAAAACCCGCCACUUACAAGCAAGCGUCUUAGAAAACCUAUAUUUGAAUUACGAGUAUAAUUAUGCAAUUUGUAAUAGGACUUAUCAGUCGAAGGGUUUUAAUUUUUUAUGGAAUUAUCCGGAAAAUUUUAAGUUCGAUUUGAUCCUUAUGGAUUUGACUUUUGGGCCUUGUCUUUAUCCUUUGAGUCAGAAAUUCGGUAGUCCAACUGUAGGGUUUACUCCUUCAGGACUUAGUCCGUAUUUGUUAGAGGCAUUCGGGAAUAACCAUGCGAUUUUUGAAUUGCAUAUGGAUCAGUCUUUUUUCUCAAGGCUCACAAAUUUUCUCUUGACGAAAUUUGAAAUAUUUUUCAAAAAAACUUGGGAAAGAACUACUCUUGAAUAUCUAGCCAGCAAUGCGCUUAAUGCUACAUUUGACUUUAAGAAGCUAGAAAAUUCCAUAUCGUAUCUCUUGGUCAAUGAACAUCCAUUACUAAACAUACCAAGACCUUUAGCUCCAAAUAUAAUCCCUGUUGGAGGGUUGCACAUUAAGAAAACCGAACCAUUACCUGGAAUUUUGGGUUCAAUCAUUGAAAACGCCCAUCAAGGUCUGAUUUUCUUCAGCUUGGGCACCGAUAUCCAACAAAACAUCUUCAGCAAGGAAACCAAAAAAGCAUUUGCGAAGGCUUUUAUGAGGCUGCAUCAGAAGACUGUCAUUUGGAAGGACAACGCUGACGAGCACCCUUACGGAGAAGGCGUUUCGAAUAUUUUAAUGCACAAAUGGAUGCCUCAGGGUGAUUUACUGGGACAUCGUCAUGCUGUGCUUCUGAUUACAACCGGCGGUAGUAUGAGCGUUCAAGAAGCAAUUUUUCAAGGUGUACCGGUCGUGGGAAUACCGAUUUACGGAGAGCAGCACGGAAAUGUACAGUUUAUUGUUGAUAAUAAGUUGGGGCUUAAAUUGGAUUACGAUAAUUUGACUGAAGAGAAUAUUUUCGAGACUUUGGAUAGGGUUUUGAAAAAUCCAAUUUACAAGGAGAACAUGGAGGCCUUAUCGAGAAAAUUCAGAGAUCAACCCCAAAAUCCGCUCCAAAAAGCUUUGUAUUGGAUUGAGUACUCUUUGCGUCACAACUCGACAAAUUUCCUCAAUCCUAGAUCCAGGUACACUUGCCCUUGGAUAGAUCAUCCUGCUGAUGUACAAUUAUUUUUAUUUUUUGUCUUUCUGUUAAGUUUAACAAUUAUUGUUUUGAGAAUUUUGUGGUGCAAUAAUGGUUCUAGAAACGAUAAGAAGAAGAAAGAAUAAUAAAAAUAAGAUAGUUAUUCAACAGUUAAAGUACAGGAUAUUCCUCAAUAAACUG